AGAUCUUAUUACCCGGCAUGCUGGUUGCUACGAGGAUCCUGACGGGCACCUGUUCACGACAUCUAUGAUGAAUGCUGUCACGCCUCGAAAGGCCCCUACGUCACACUCGAACACAAGUCAAGCCUAUCUGUGCACAGCGACUCACUUAUCGGGAGAUUGUUCCAUGCCGUCCCCAACUUGCGACUCCAGGUCAUAUCAGUGUCCACUCUGUGAUCAGAUAUGUUCAGUCGCCACAUCUCCGCCGCAUUCUUGACACGGUGUCAUGCUUCCGUUUGUGGGCUCUGCUGUGCCAGAUUUGGCGCAAGAAAGGAACCGUGUCUCACCCGUCGUUAUUACCGUCACUCGCUAAAGCUUGCGACCGGGUACCUGUUAGUCGACUGCACUGUUGUAGAUUUGUUGAUAUGCUCGAUGCUGCUCGUCUCAACUUCGCAGGCAGUAGACGGCAUGCGUCGCGGUACAAAAUUGAUGCGUCCCUGCCAAUGUGAAGUAGGACUGGUUGCCUCCUUGAUCAACAGCGAUUGCCAUUAUGCAGAUUCAUUCGCCUCCGCGGUUGAUGUGAACUCCAUGAGGAGUCCCCCCCUGCGCACAUCGGCUCCACCACGUCCAUCCCAAAUGAAAGAUCCUAGUCCAGCUGAGAUUCCAGCCGAUUGAUCUGCCGACAUAUCGAUUCCCGAGUAAGGUGCGUCACGUCGCCUAGGCUGCUCCAUCUACCAGGUGAUACAUAUCCCUGGGCAGAUCACUG